AUGGAAUUUUCCGUAUCGCUUCAAGAACAAAUCCGAGGCAUGAUCGCCGUAUGUGUAUUUAGCACAAUAAGUAAUCUCGCAACCACUAUUAUGCUAUUUUUGAUAACAAGACAAAAUGUCGUAAACAAAACUGUCACUUAUUUGGUGGUGAAUCUUUUGAUUGGAGACUGGAUACAAAGUGUUGGCUUUAUGAUUACAUACUAUUGGUUGUCAGAUGGGGGUAAUAUCCAUCCUGGUACGAUCUGUGACUUUCAGGGUAUUCUAAUAAAUAUGGGUGACGUGAGUUCAGGUUUCUGGGCUUUUACAAUUUGUUUGCAUACUUUUUCAUUGGUGGUCUUUUCCUAUGAUCCAAAAUAUUUUCUACAAAUAUCGAUGGCUAUAAUAUGGCCUGUCGUCACUGUAAUCUCAGUAAUUGGGCUCUCAUUUCAAAAUUUGGUUCCACUAUUUGUUCAUGGGAAUUUUGGCAAUUUCUAUGAUUAUCUUGUAUUCGGUCAUGUUCAUAAUAAUACAGUGGCGACGUCGAAAAAUAAGGAUGAGACGAACGAAAAAACGGAUGAUGAGGACGUUCCAUAUUCAUUAACAAUUGCAGCAGGCUGCAUAUUAACUUCUGCGGGAAUUGUUAAUAGUAUAAUCUACGGCUUCACGCGCAAUAUUGUCUCAAUAAAACAUGCUUUCCCAAAACUACAUACGAAUUCGAGUUGGUUUGACACCAAUGUCCUUGAUACCAAUGACCUAAGUCGUGUGACUAUAAAUGUGACCAUCACAAGAACGUAUGAAAAUAAUAAAAUUAUAACAGAAGAGGACGAAGAAGCGACUGUCUGCAAGGGUUAA